CGGGGCGCCUCCUGAAGCUGGCAGAUUACUAGUGGGCGAGGCAUUGGCCUUGAUUGAUUGGCAGGGGUACAACAAACAAAUAGACAAUACCAACCAACACUCAGGACUUUUUUGAAAGACACUUUAUGGAUACGACGAGCUGCAGACGCACUGUGGGAUUCUUUGUCUGUUAGUUAAUACGCGAAGCCUCGAGGCUAUUACUCGCUGUGAGCUCAGAAGGACCAACAUUGGGGAGCUCAGAAGGGACCUAUAUGGUAACAACAAAGAAGCCGGGAACGAUAUAUCAUAGCGACAACAUACAAGCUCAGGGAGAAACUCUAAAACCGACACAACAUGGCAGACUCUUUACAUAAUGCGCCUAUAGUCCUCGACAACGGAUCUGGCACUAUUCGAGCUGGUUUUGCAGGCGAUGAUCUACCAAAAUGUUACUUUCCGUCGUGGGUUGGUCGACCGAAGCAUCUGAGAGUUCUCGCGGGUGCCCUCGAGGGCGAGGUAUUCAUAGGACAAAAGGCCUCCACGGAAUUGAGAGGGCUGCUCAAAAUUCGGUAUCCCCUCGAGCAUGGUAUUGUCACCGACUGGGACGAUAUGGAGAGGAUCUGGGAGUAUGUUUACGGUGAAGGAUUGAAGACUCUCAGCGAAGAGCAUCCCGUUUUGUUGACGGAACCUCCUUUGAACCCCCGAAGCAAUCGCGACACGGCCGCCCAGAUCCUCUUCGAGACAUUCAACGUCCCCGCACUCCACACAUCCAUCCAAGCCGUGCUAUCGCUAUACGCCAGUGGCCGAACAACCGGUAUUGUUCUCGACUCUGGUGACGGUGUUUCUCAUGCUGUACCUGUUUACGAGGGUUUCGCCAUGCCCAGCAGUAUUCGCCGAAUUGACGUGGCAGGUCGAGAUGUGACUGAGUACAUGCAGACGUUGCUACGGAAGAGUGGAUAUGUCUUUCACACGAGUGCUGAGAAGGAAGUCGUGAGGUUAAUCAAGGAGAGCGUCUCUUAUGUUGCUCAUGAUCCACGGAAAGAGGAGAGGGAUUGGGUCGGUGUGAAGCCCAAUGAGAGCAAGUUUGCCGAAUACGUGCUUCCAGACGGCUUCAAGCUCAAGGUGAGACUCUUUGUUCUCUGCUCAAUGUUUGGACAAGCUAACAUAUUGAAGAUUGGCGCGGAACGCUUUAGAGCACCCGAGAUCCUCUUUGACCCUGAGAUUAUCGGCCUCGAAUAUCCUGGUGUACACCAGAUUGUCGUUGAUGCCAUCAACCGAACAGAUCUCGACCUACGAAAAUCUCUCUACAGCAACAUCGUGCUUUCUGGAGGCAGCACAUUGACAAAGGGCUUCGGUGACCGUCUUUUGACAGAGCUGCAAAAGCUGGCAGUCAAGGACAUGAGGAUCAAGAUUUUUGCGCCACCAGAGAGAAAGUACUCUACCUGGAUUGGAGGCAGUAUUCUUGCUGGAUUGAGUACUUUCCGAAAGGUCAGUGAUUUUAUCGUGAUACCUUUCAUUACUAUACUAAUGUGUGACAGAUGUGGGUGAGCAUUGAUGACUGGCACGAGAACCCCGACAUUAUCCAUACCAAGUUCACGUAAGAACGACGUACAUAUGCGUGUCACCCUUUGACUUCGCAUCUUUGUGAUGCAGCCAUAACGACGAAAUAAUCGGACAUGAACAUGCCUGAGCUCAUCGACACUGAUUUUUCCGCCGUCUGGACCUUUAUGAUCGAGAUGACCUUGACCUUUGUGAUCGCAAGCCCUCACAACCCAAACCAACCCCCUUUGACGCGCUGCUGUUGUUGAUAGAGCGAUGCAGAAGCCUUGCAUGGAAUGGAAGAUUUAGUGCUGUUUGGUGUGUGUGGAGACACCAGUGCAGUUGUAGACAACCUUUGCCAGAUAGAGGAAGCCUAAUGAUACCCUGAUGUGUUGAGAUUGUGCUUAGCUUUGUGAAGUCGUUCUCUCAACCAAAGAGUCUCUGUCUCUGAGCAUCAUGAGAUAUAUAAGGGGAGGCAAGAAAAUUUAGGACUUCUGGUCUAAGUUAUGAAAAGACUUAGGUAAGUUUAGUAUAUCUUAACAAGCCUUUAGACCAUUUUAUUUUCGCACCCUGAUUUAACGACAGAAGUGAAGUCUUGCACCCUGAGGACAUACAUACAAGUCACAGGGGUAAGGAGUAAAUGAGUAAUAAGUAAUAAUGCUUCUAUAAUAGAAAAGAGCUGCGCUCGGGGGUAUAUAAAUCUUCACCAGAAACAAGCAUCAUACAGGCAAAGCAAGAGUAGAAGGGCAGUUUCAUAUCGCCCCUCUCAAUUGUCAGUGCCAACCGUACAUCCGGGGUAUAUCGUCAACCCAUUUGCUCUGAGGUCCCCGCCAUAUUUUCGUCCAAAUAUCAAAUCCCAUCAACGCCAGUCGCUAAUUCAUAUCUUUUCGUACAAACACCCUCAAUCGUUCUUUUCCUAUGUUUUGUUGUUCAGUCCCGGCUGAAAGUGCUGCUAACACGAGCCCACAGCUUCGUCUUGGAGCUCAUAGAGCUGCUGUCGCUAGCAUCAGAGCCGGCAUCGCUAUCCUUGCGAUGGAACACAUUGCCGGCGCCGCCAAUGCCGACAUGUCCAGCUGCCAUUUGGUCACGGGCGGCAAUGCGGUCGUACUCGUCGUCAAGAGACACAGAGGGUUGCUCGCUUGCGCGGUGGACGUUGCCAGCUCCGCCGAUGCCGCUGAAGAAGCGGCGUGAGGGGGUAGUAGUAGUUGUGGUUUUUGGGGUUGUGCUGGGGGUCACGACGGUGCGGGUUGAGGAGGAUGUUGUGUCUUUUGAGGCACGAGAGAUGUUGCCGUAGCCGCCGCGGCCCGAACGUACGAAGACGUUUGUGGAGGGAGAGGGCUCAGUGAGGAUGUAGCUGGGCAUUGUGGUUCUGGUUGUGGUUGUGUAAGUGAGGUGGGUUGUACGUUGUGAUGAUUUCUCAGUGUUGAGGAUGAGAAGAGGAUAUAAUUGAUUCAAUGUCAAGUUGUAGAUUGGAUCGUCAAGAGUAAGUAGAGCUUGGGAAGAGAGAGAGAGGUUGUCACGAUGGGAAGAGCUUGGGUAGUUAUACCACGACUCAAGCUUAUUCAAGGGGGCCACAGCACAACCUUGCCUUGGACAAGGUGACCUACCUUCAGCCAAGCCAAGCCAAACAAACACAGCACAACAACGCAAUUCCUGAUACUUUUGAGCUCACCCCACAAAUGGACCCAUCUUUAGAUUUUUUUCUUCCUUCUUUUCUCUCUUGUUCCUUCGCUUCUCCCCGCAUUUUAGAUCGUCAUGUCAAUACCCGCCACUCCCUCAACCCAUAGCCGCCAAACAGGAGACUUGAUGACCCAACGAGCUAAUACUCCGCCAGUCUAGG